AUGUGGAUUUCGCAUCAGAUGCAUGCAUGUACGAUUAUUGUUUUUGUGUUCUUAUACUUCAAUCAUAAAUCCCAAGAGCUUGAGGGCUUUGCCGUGUCACAUACAGUACUGAGCCCAUUUCCCAACCAAGACCAAAACAAAGGAGAGACAUGCAAAGACUCAACCAGAGUGUCGUAG